ACCUCCGCCGUCCUCUACCAGGCACCGCACCGACACCAACAUCGUAAACCCGGGCUACACAGACGCGGAGCAGGAGACUAUGACGGUGGUGGCGUGCGAUAACCUCCUGGAGGAGGCGGCCGCCCUGCCGGCUCAACACUCCUCCGAGGCGUACGAACAGGACGAGCACGAAUGCUGCGAACGGGUGGUCAUCAACAUCUCCGGGCUCCGCUUCGAGACCCAGCUGAAAACUUUAGCCCAUUUCCCCGAGACUCUGCUGGGGGACCCCAAGAAGAGGAUGCGCUACUUCGACCCCCUCCGCAACGAGUACUUCUUUGACAGGAACCGGCCGAGCUUCGAUGCCAUCCUCUACUACUACCAGUCCGGGGGGCGCAUUCGGAGACCCGUCAACGUGCCUAUCGACAUCUUCUCCGAGGAGAUCCGCUUCUACGAGCUGGGGGAGGAAGCCAUGGAGAAGUUUCGGGAGGACGAGGGCUUCAUCAAAGAGGAGGAAAGACCUCUGCCCUCCAAUGACUUCCAGAGGCAAGUGUGGCUGCUCUUCGAGUACCCGGAGAGUUCAGGUCCCGCCCGGGGCAUCGCUAUUGUGUCAGUGCUGGUCAUCCUCAUCUCCAUCGUCAUCUUCUGCCUGGAAACCUUGCCCGAGUUCAGGGACGACAAGGAGUACAACGGGCCGGUCCUACAGCCCAUCAAUGGCACCGGUCCAUUCCUGAGCAGCUCGUUCACGGACCCGUUCUUCAUAGUGGAGACCCUGUGCAUCAUCUGGUUCUCGUUCGAGCUCCUGGUCCGCUUCUUUGCCUGCCCGAGCAAAGCCACCUUCUCCAAGAACAUCAUGAACAUCAUAGACAUCGUGGCCAUCAUCCCCUACUUCAUUACCCUGGGCACUGAACUAGCCGAGCGCCAGGGCAAUGGGCAGCAGGCCAUGUCUUUGGCCAUCCUGAGGGUCAUCCGUCUGGUGCGGGUCUUUCGCAUCUUUAAGCUUUCCAGGCACUCCAAGGGGUUGCAGAUCUUGGGGCAAACUCUGAAAGCCAGCAUGAGGGAGCUGGGGCUGCUUAUCUUCUUCCUCUUCAUAGGUGUCAUUCUCUUCUCCAGCGCUGUCUACUUUGCCGAGGCUGAUGAUCCAUCCUCAGGCUUCAGCAGCAUCCCAGAUGCCUUCUGGUGGGCAGUGGUCACCAUGACCACUGUGGGCUACGGGGAUAUGCACCCGGUCACCAUAGGAGGGAAGAUCGUCGGGUCUCUGUGUGCCAUUGCUGGUGUGCUCACCAUUGCCCUACCAGUGCCUGUCAUAGUGUCCAACUUCAACUACUUCUAUCACCGUGAGACUGAAGGAGAGGAGCAAGCCCAGUACCUGCACGUAGGUAGCUGCCAGAACCUGUCCUCCAACGAGGACCUUAAAAAGACCCGUAGUAAUUCAACUCUCAGCAAGUCUGAGUACAUGGUCAUAGAGGAAGGGGUGAGCCCAGGACCCUUCAAGCAGCCCAGUUUUAAGACAGCUAACUGUACCACCAACAACCCUAACUGUGUAAAUAUCAAAAAGAUCUUUACAGAUGUGUAAGUACACUUGCUGGGAUAUUGGAAGAGUCAAACAGCCGCUAGAAAUGUCACCACCAUCGACAUCAGUGUGUCCCACUUUUUAAAUGUUCAUUUUUAAGCGCUCCUAUGGGAAGAAAUCUGUAUAUCUAGGAUAUCUGAAUGUAGGAUAUCCAAGUGGUGCUAGUAUGCUGAGCCGCACAGUCAGUCGUGCCAGGAGGCUGUACAUCUAUGUUUUUUAGUUUUGCAAAAAACAAAAGGGAAAGUCUCUAGUUCUUUAUUUUGCCCUCUGAUGAA